AUGGGGAUCUUCAAGUUACCCAAACAGCUGGUUAAGAAAUUAAACAAGCUAGUGAGAUCCUUCUGGUGGGGACAAAAAGCACAAGAACAAAAGGUACAAUGGGUACCAUGGAGCCAAAUGUCAAAAUCAAAGACUUUAGGAGGCUUGGGCCUUAGGGACUUUGAGAACUUCAAUUGUGCCCUCCUAGCAAAACAAGGUUGGAGAGUCAUAACUACCCCCAAUUCCCUUGGUGCCAAGGUUCUAAAAGAGAAGUACUUUAAACAUAGCUCCUUUCUCUUUGCAAAAACUGGACACAACUCCUCUUUCCUAUGGCAAAGCAUCACCUCAGCAAGACCCUUACUGAAGGAAGGAUUAAUCUGGCGUGUGGGAGAUGGAGAGUCAAUGGAAAUAUGGAAUGAUAAAUGGUUUCCACCGAAGACAUCCUACCAACCUUAG